UUCACUCACAAAACAAUCCAACAAACAUUAACAUUAGCAAUGUCACCUUCACAUAAAAUGAUUGUGGUGAUGUUUGUUUUGGUCAUGAUGACGUCAUGUGCCCCUACCACAGCCAGCACCAUUGAACAUUGCCUAAGGCUAAAACUAAAUCCACCACCACCUCCAUCAGCACAUGGGGCACAAAGUUAUCAUAUGGCAUUUAAUUUGAGUCGCAUUGUUUGUAGGGACAUUUUUCGUGCCAUAGGAUAUUCUAUGCGGUCAACGGGGAAAUUACCUUUGAAUUACUUUGGUGCACUUUGUAACAUCUUUGGUGAUAAUGAGGACAAGGUUGAGCAUUACAUUAAGGGUAGAUUUAAUCCUCGUUAUUUUGAUAAACUAAUUGAUGGUCGAUCUUGUGCUACCAUUAGAAAGAAGCAACACCCUAUGCCCCCUUCAUCUUUGUCUAGACUGUUUUAGAUUGACUUAUAAUUUUAUUUAUACCAUUAGUGAUUCGAUGUGUAUGAAUAAAUGGAUCUAUAUAUGUUAUUAGUCACUGUUUAUUUUAUUUAUCAUUCAUUUAGAUUAAUUCUUUUAAAUUCGAAUUGUUAUUGAACUGAA